UUUAGAUAUACGUAUUGAAAGAAAUUGAUAUGCAUAAAACGUACACACAGAGAUAAUAAACCUGUUGUUAUUAAACAGAAAAUAUCUACGGACUUAAGCACAAAAAUGAUGUUUAUUGGAGUCCAAAGAUUGUUUGUCCUGCUCGCAGUUUGUGGCUUUGGGAUACACAAAGGAUCAUGUGCGGACGGAAAUGAUGCAAAGAAUCUUAGAAAACAGCUAUUUGUAACUGACGGUUACGACAAAAAGGUCAGGCCUUCCAACAACCAAUCUGAUCCAAUAGAGGUAUACGUGAGUUUGUAUUUGCUGUCAAUCAAUGAAUUAAGUGAGACAACAGAGACAUUGAAGACAACAGCUUAUCUUUGGAUCACAUGGUAUGAUGAAUUUCUACAGUGGGAUCCAUCAGACUACGGGGGAAUCGACUAUUACCAUUGGCCACAGGGAGAUGUAUGGAAACCGGAUGUAGCACUGAAGAACUCGUUUUUGGAGUAUAAGGAACUAGGAGUUUCGUCCCUGAACGUUCUCGUCUCUUCUGAUGGUUACGUUGAAUGGUAUCCGUUUCAGGCAAGACACUCCUAUUAA